AUAGAUUACCUUUAAACGCAUUUGAAAGUACCCGGCGUCCCGUGCUGCUCUUCAGUCGUUGGAGUAGUCCGAAGCAGAGCCCUAGCCCUCCCACUCUGCCGCGGCUGCCGCAGCAACAACCGCCGUUGAUUUACGCCACGACCUCCGUCGCCAUAACCGUUGUGUGUGUGUGUGUGUGUGUGUGUGAGAGAGAGAGAGAGAGAGAGAGAGAGAGAAUGGCUUACAUUCAAUAUGGUAGAAAUAUCCUCCGCCAUGUGAAGACUAUCAAAGACCCAAAUUUUCUUCAGAGCUCUGAUCAUGUAUUGCAUCACCCGUUGUUAUAUGCUGGUCAAGGUGUUAGAUACAGAAAAUUGGAAGUCAUUCUCACAACGACCAUAGACAAGCUCGGCAAAGCUGGAGAGACUGUGACUGUUGCUCCCGGAUAUUUUCGUAACCAUUUGAUGCCCAAGUUACUUGCUGUUCCAAAUAUUGACAAAUUCGCUCAUCUUAUUAGCGAGCAACGCAAGAUUUACCAACCUAAGGAAGUUGAAGAGGUUAAAGUAGUUAAAAAGACAGAUGGAGAUAGGAUGAAAGAAUAUCAGGCAGCAGCAAAACGUCUCGAUGGUGCUAAGCUGGUUCUGAAACGGUUUGGCAAUGUUGACAAUGAAUUGCGUUCAACUGUGUCAAAAGAUGAACUUAUAGCUGAGGUGUCGAGGCAGCUUUUUGUGCAAAUCGAACCCGAAAACCUGCAACUUCCAAGUCCUUUGUCGUCUUUUGGAGAGUUUGAGGUGCCACUCCGCCUGCCGAAGUCCAUUCCUUUGCCAGAAGGGAAAGUUCAGUGGACUCUUAAUGUUAAAAUCCGAAGGAAGUGAAGAAAGGUUUCUUUGCUUAUGGGUUGUAUGGUCCUGAUUCCUGCUCGGAUGACAGUUUUGGCCUGAGUAUUAAUCCUUGUCAGAGCCACCCAAAAUGUUUUGACUCUUGCGGUUUUUAUUUUAUUUUUUUAUAAUGUAAUCCCUCAAAUCUCAUAUCCAUGACUGGAGAUUGAUUUCUGUCUACUAGGGCAAGAGUUUUGGAUUUGUUCCUAAAUAUUUUUUGUGCCAACAACACACUUGUAAAUUGUGGGAACUUGCCAUUUCCUUAGCUUAAGCAUGUCUUGAUCACAACAGUUUGAUCCAUGAUGUUCCUCUCAUAGGAAUGCAUGCUGGUUUAUCUUGUUUCACUUUC